AUGAGCUUCGAACCGACUUUAGCGCCGCGGGCGUAUGGCGACGCGCAAGAUGGGACCGCCCAGAAGGGUUCUGUGCGGGCAGCGCGAGAGAGGAUGCAGGCCGCGCAAAUGCGAUCUCAACUACCAGACACAUCGAAGAUCAUAGGGCUACCACAACGACCUAACCAACUCGUGUCACACUAUGCCACCAGCAGGGACAAUGUGUCGCAGCCGAGAACGCCUACAGACCGCAGAGAUGAUGAGAGCAUGCCGUCUCCGCCCCCUCAGUGGCCUCUCCCUGACGACGCCAGUCCAACCAUACCGCCCCGUUCGCCCCACCGCUUACGCCCGCCGCAAUCCACCAUUCGUCCUAUAUCAGAAGACUAUCCUAUCCAGCAACUCUCCCCUGGGUCUCCACCUCCGCUUUCUCCGGAUUACCUCCAGCCUCCUCAAUUCAACCUGCGCAUAUCCAACAAGAGUACUGACAUGUACUCGCCAACAUCGCGGCCGUUCUCUGGUGCAUCAGAAGCAUCGUCACUCGGGUCCAUCCCAGACUUUCCCGUUCCUCAGCCGCCUAUGCCUACCGUGCAACCGCUUCCUCGUCGUGUUCCAAGUUUAGGCCCACCGCCCUCUUCACGAAGAGGUCCUUCGUCUUACUACACGCAGAUGUCUUACGUAUCUCCUAUUGUCGAAGAGUCAGAGGCUCGUUCGGACACUAUAAGAUCACGCCACGGUUCUUACGCCUCGAGUAAUGUCUUUCCCAUGCACGGCGAUGAUUUCUACCAGAGAGACUACCCACAGUCGGAUGAUGAUGAAACGAUACUAAGCGACCGUGGGACAAUGUCUCCUGCCAGUGAUCAUAACGACGAAAGUGGCCUUGUUAAGGAGUCGCCUACGCUCGUUCGACAGGCAAGUCUGGGCCGGAGGACUAAGCCUUCUCUCAUGACAAUCAAGUCUGUUGAUGGUAUCAACGAGAAGAAGAACGGCAAUAUCAAAAAAAUAGUGGCCGGCGCCAGUAUCGGUGCUGCUGGAGCAGGUGGCUUUUUCGCAGCAAGAGAUAUGGCACAAGGUUCACCUCUUCGAAGCUCGAUCCUGAGCAGUGGUACUGGACUCAUCGACCCGUCUCCAUCUUCCCCCGGAGGCUCGCUCAACAGCACUUUCCGAAACACCAAAUCCACCUCUCCCAGCUACACAGGCGCCGAGUCACCCAUCUUCCCAUUCCAGCCAGAACCCCGCUCGAAUACCCUGGCCGAACGUGUCGGGUUUAGGCGGCCGCCCAGGCUUGACAUGGACACUGUUCGAGACGCUGAAGCGCGAGGCAGUCUGACGAGUCUCCCCGAUUUGAUCCGCAGAGCAACAAGGCUAGCAGCUAAUCUCGACCGAGGGAGGACAGCCAGCCGAUUGGGUUUAGACUUCUGGGAGGCAGGUGCGCCAGAGCAGAAGAACGUUCGGAAGUCUCAGAACUCGUUGACGGACAUGCUUGCAGCAUUUCCUCCUCCAGGUCAGGAGACCCCGCAACGAUCAGACACCCCGGCUGGCAAUGCGAUGGCUGAGUGGCCGUCUUCAGGAGGAGCAGCAACACGCUCUGGAGGCGCAGACCAAGGCUACAGUAACGAAAAGCCGGUCAAGAAUCGGCGGAGAUGUUGCGGUCUUCCGCUAUGGACCUUCAUCACGUUGUUGAUCGUUCUCCUAGUCAUCAUAGCCGCAGCUGUUAUUAUUCCAAUUGUCCUCGUGGUCAUUCCGAACCAGAAUAAGAGCACCAACGCUGCCCAGGACAGUCAGAGUAACAACACCGUUCCUAGCGCCCCAGCUCCAACAUCGGGCGCUGGCGGCAAUUCUGAUAAUUGUCAGAAUGGGGGUGUCGCCAUCCAGAACGGAGAUCAGUCGACUACCUGCGUGUGCAUCAACGGCUUCACCGGAAGCACUUGCAGUACUAACGAUCAGACGGGAUGUACGACAACCAGCAUCAUGGGUACUGCGAACAACGCGACCGUCGGUUCCGGUAUCCCUCGAAUUGUUCAGAGCGCGACCGAGGACUUCAACGUGCCUCUUAAUGCAACUCGCAUCCUCUCGUUGUUCUCGAGCCUGUCACUCAGCUGCGCGGCUGAGAAUGCCCUCAUUACGUUUAAUGGCCUGACAUCCCGCUCUGUUUCGAUUGCGGACCUGUACUGCAAGCUCGGAAUUCCACUUUCCACCCGCUCGCUACCCACCCUGCUCUUGCCGCACCUAGCUGGCCAAGUCCAGGCGCGACAGGACGCCACUCCUAUCUCCAGCAACACGACCGCUGUCGACUUCGCCCGGGUAGGUGUGCUCUUCGCACUGCAACAAGACGGUAAACUUGACACUGCCGCCACCGCACAAGAGAGCGUUCAAGACUUCCUCACCGGCAACCGCAACGGCAACACUAACAAGAACACUGUCGACAUCGGCCCUUUCACUCUCGACCUCGUCGCCCUCACCAUCAAGUUCGACAACGGCACUACCAUCGGCGCCAAGUCGUAA